UUCAUUCAUUCUUUUACGAUUUUACGGAGAAAAACUUCGUCAUCAGUGCGAGUGAUCCAGGUUUCGGGGGAAUUCCUUUUGGGAUUUUGAAAAACUCUUCAAGAAAGACCAGCUAUCAUCCAGAACAAGUAUUCAGGCGGACACCCUUCUUGGCAGAUAGUUUCACGAUGCCGGACACCGUGGAUGGGGGCGACAUCCCCAAAUCUAAACGACCUUCAGAUUCGGCGUUCAAACAGCAACGACUUCCAGCCUGGCAGCCAGUCCUCACCGCGGGAACCGUCCUUCCGGCAUUCUUUGUCAUCGGGAUAGCGUUCAUUCCUGUCGGAGUGGCCCUUCUAUACUUUUCCAAUGCAAUAACGGAGUUCGUGUACGACUACACCAACUGCGUCCAGGUGGGCAGCUACAAUCGGACCUGUUCCGAUGUGCUCGCCUCCAAGGAAGCGGACGAGUGUAUGUGCUCGGUGAACUUUACGCUGGAGAAGGAUUUCCACGGCAAGGUGUACAUGUACUACGGCCUAACCAACUACUAUCAAAACCAUCGGCGGUACGUGAAAUCGCGAGACGACGACCAGCUGCUGGGACGGCUAUCGUCGAUACCGUCCAGUGAUUGUGCCCCGUUUGCUUACACCGACGACGGCUCUACCCCGAUUGCCCCAUGCGGAGCCAUUGCCAACUCGCUGUUCAGCGAUACGUUCGAGCUGACCUCGGAGAAGCACGGCCCAGUAACGCUGCUACGGACCGAAAUCGCCUGGCCAUCGGAUCGGAAGAUCAAGUUCCGGAAUCCGGAGGGAGAACUGCAGAAGGCGCUGGAAGGAUUCGCCAGACCGCGUGACUGGCGCAAGAAUUUGUGGGAGCUGGACACGGAGAACGCGGAAAAUAAUGGAUUCCAGAACGAGGACCUCAUCGUUUGGAUGCGCACGGCUGCGCUGCCAAGCUUCCGAAAGCUGCACCGUCGGAUCGAUCACAGCAAGAAGUUUUUCGAGGACGGUCUUGGCAAGGGAAACUACACGCUGAAAAUUAACUACGCCUAUUCCGUGAGCGAAUUUGACGGUACCAAAAAGAUUAUCCUGUCGACCACCUCCCUAUUGGGAGGAAAGAACCCUUUCCUCGGAUUUGCCUACAUCAUCGUUGGAAGCGUCUGCCUUUUGCUGGGAAUUGUCCUGCUUGUUAUCCAUAUCAAAUGUAGCAAAAAUACCUCCGGCAUCAACAGUGUCAGCCAGCGGACACCGUACACAUAGGAAUUGCUAUCGUUGAACAGCUAAACUGUGUGUCCCCAACCGUCGUCAGCCUUUGUCGCCUUUGAACUUAGAAUCUAAACUAAUAAGGAACACACCCGGGGACCGGUUUUUUCAAUCUCGGCAAUACCGUUUGUUUUUUUUUUUCGUUAUUUUACGUUGAACCAGCGCUGCUGACAGAGGUAUGUAUUUGUUGUAAGAGAACUAUUUUGCAGCUUCCCUUCCCUUAAUUUCCACUCGUCUCGAAGGACGGAGGAGGAGAAAGUGAUACCAAAAGAAGGAAGAGAUAUCAAGAAGAUUAUCUAUAGAUACAAAGUAAGUAGUUGAAAGCCUAAGUUACUGAGAAAGCUUACGAUUUAUGUUCCCAAUUAAAUUGUGCAUAUAGAGUUUAGUUUCGCGGUUUAUCUUGACUACAGAUGAAUGGUGCUUAUCAAUCAUAUAAAUUUUUAAACAGAAAAACAAACUAUUCACGCAACAGUAUUUUUCACAUGUUCCGUUGAGCCGACCGUAUGCAAUGAAGCCAAUAUUUCGUCUAUUUAAGUGAUAUUACAUUGUUGAGAAUAUUAGAGAGAAACAAAUUGAAAAAACAAGCUGUUCACACUGGAAAAUAAAAUCGAAAGCUAGAUACAUUUUAAAAGAAGAAUAUUGAAAACAUAAAUUAUUGGUGAAAACCAAAGUAACAUCAAGUAAAAAGAAAGAGUUUUUUGCAAGAGAGGCGCUAGAUGUUACAACCAGGCUUCAUUUUGCUCAUCUUGCCCAAAAGGAGACGGUGAACUUUUUCGCUCCUAAUAUUUGUGAGGAGAUUUUAAAUGAGCAUUUCAUCAUCUGCUGCUGAGAGAGCCAAGAGAAAUUUUUUCUCUAACGAAUGAUCACUCUUCUACUGUCAGAGCACUGUUGGUUUGUGACUCUGAAAACACCUCAUCAGCGCUACGUGUGAUCAGUGAAAUGAAUUGCUCAGUGAAGGCAAGGGCAUAGUUUUACUAUUCUCAUCGCUCCUUAGAGAAAAAGAAAUGCAAAUCGCAUAUGAAAUUUGAUCGUUUCACCAACUCACGUGGACAGCUUUAAUGUGGGAUUGAACCGUCCUCUUUCUAUAUGAAAUUAUGGAACAUUGGCCCCAGCAAGUGCUGAAAUAAACCACAACCGAAGCGUCCAUCUCUGUUCGGUCGUUGAUUUCUCAGCCAGUAACUGAGAAGCUGAUGAACAUUUCUCCCUUCGAGAAUGAAAUUGGGUGACUGCGUUUUUGAAAUGCUCUGCAACAAAACGUGGACUGCUUGAUCAGUUUCAAUGUUUCUCUUAGGCGUUUAACAAGCAGAUGAGAAAAAGUGAGCAAAAAUAAAGAGAAUCGAAGAAGCCUGGUUACAACUUAACACUAUCACAUACACACUAGAGAUGUAAUUCGAAAAACGAAACAAUGGAAAUGCACCUUAUCAGAGAUAGAAACAAAAAAAAAACAGAACAUUAACAUUAGAGCGUACCUUACACAAUUAAAAAAUAUAUCGUUGUUGAAUGUGUUUUUAAACCAUAGGAAUUACAA